AUGCCAUUGGUUACUCGUGAAGACAAUGCUGGAAACAACAAUCAGCCGGUAGCCGCUGCAUCCGGUUCACAUCCCUUGCUGACGAUGCCUACAGCAUCCAGCGUAAUACCAUCGUCUUUUUCGGGAACUUCAAUGGAGAGUAGCAUGUUGCCCGGAGAAUUUUUUUCGGCACGCAUCCCGAAGCUGCCACCUUUCUGGCAAGAAGAGCCAGAAAUCUGGUUUUUACAAAUUGAAUCCAGUUUCAAUCUUGCUGGCAUAAGCCAAGAUUCAACAAAAUUUGAAUAUCUGCUGAGCCAUCUUGAUCCGUCGAUUUUUUACGUAGUGAAAGAUAUCGUCAAGAGUCCUUCAGCACAUGGACGUUAUGGAGCGAUGAAAACAAGAAUCAUUCAACAUUUUACAGAAUCCGAGGAGAGUCAGCUGAAGCAGCUGUUAAACAACUUAGAGUUGGGUGAACAAAAGCCGUCGCAUCUUAUGCACCGCAUGAAGUCUUUGGAAGGAUCUAAGCUCGAACAAUAUGUUCCUGGUUUCUCUAAAAAAAUCGGAGACACUUCAUUAGUGGUCAAAAAUGUUUGUGCGGAUGUGUUUGGAAAGACAGUAUUCUUCUUUAAGACACAGGUUUUCAUUGGCCGCUUUUCUCCCGAAAAUCUUAGCAAAGUUGUGAAUCAGACUCACAAUGCUGCACUCGAAUACUAUAUUCAGUUCCAUAAAAAUGUUGAUACUUAUUCAAAACUGAAAUGAUUUUAAGUACAAAUACAAAAUACUACAUAAAGGCGAUCAUUUCCACAAAUUCAAUCCAAUUCAACAGAACACCUCCACUAAGACCAAUGCCAAUCACCCAACAGCGAAAACGAUUGUACGGCACAUCAAAUAAUGACAUCAAAAUAUGUUUAAGUGCUUGUAAAAAAACUUUUUAUCUCACCAUGAAUAUGUUGAGGUGGACCUUACUAAUUGUUUGGUGACUACUGUACUAAAUCCAUCUCGCAUUUAAGAUCUUAUUCUAAUUUGAUAUAUUCCAUUAAACUUUUUUGUUUUGCAAAAACAAAAGUAGUUGUUGAAAUAUAAUUCUAUUGACAGCAAUUUUUUUAAAUGUAUACUCGGCAGACACAUUAAAAGGUAAUAUACAUAUUAGGAUGGUCCAAAAUAAGUCGGCAUUUUAAUGCUUUCCCCUCCUAGUAUUGUUCUAUGUCGAAAAAAAUAUACCCCUAUUUUUUUAUUUUGAAAU